GUGUCGUCGUUUGGCGGCGAGCGGGGUUUUCAGACGUUUUUCCGGUGACAGCAGGGGAAUGACAGCAUCGACAGUCGCGGGCCUUCUCUCAUCCGAGCCGACUGCAAAACCUCGACAAGAAGUAAGCGUCUCCUCUCACACCGCGGUCUCCUCCUAGCGCACAAGAAACGACUCGUUUGUGGACAACGGUGACAGGACGGACGAGCACACGCAUUCGUUUAUUGUCAGCAAUUCCCUGGUGUGUUUCACCGGCUAAGUUAGCUCACCUAGCCCCUCAAGCUAACGCCAGUUUCUGCUUUGCAGCUGCGUAGUUUGACACGCCGGGAGUUAGUCGGUGAGUCCAGCAGGUGAAUCGCGUUCCUCUCCUGCACUAUGAUUUAGUAACAACUCCCCCGAUGGAUUGACUGUGUUGCCGGCAGCAAGGAGGUGUCUGCCUUUGGACCUUUUGGGGGGAGCUCGUUCUUUAUGUGCCACCGGGAGCGGAAGCAACAUGGCAGAUGACAAGGACGUGCUGAGAGACGUGUGGUUCGGCCGGAUCCCCACCUGCUUCACUCUGAACCAGGACGAGGCCACAGAGAGAGAGGCCGAGCCCUACUAUCUGCUGUUGCCCCGGGUGAGCUACCUGACGCUGGUCACAGACAAAGUGAAAAAACACUUCCUCAAAGUAAUAAAGGCCGAUGACGUGGAGGAGAUGUGGUUCGAAUAUGAAGGAACGCCGCUUAAAUGGCAUUAUCCAAUUGGAGUUCUUUUUGACCUCCACGCCACCAACACUGUCUUACCCUGGAGCAUCACUGUGCACUUUAAGACUUUUCCAGAUGGUGACCUGCUCCACUGCCAGUCCAACUCUGUGAUCGAGGCUCACUUCAUGUCCAGCAUCAAGGAGGCUGACGCCCUCAAGCACAAGAGCCAAGUCGUUAACGACAUGCAGAAGAAAGACCACAAACAGCUUUGGAUGGGCCUGCAGAAUGAUAAGUUUGACCAGUUCUGGGCCAUGAACAGGAAGCUGAUGGAAUAUCCCACUGAGGAGGGAGGCUUCCGAUACAUCCCCUUCAGGAUAUACCAGACGAUGAGCGACAGGCCAUUCAUCCAGAAACUGUUUCGCCCCGUUUCACCUGAAGGCAACGUGCACACACUUGGCAACUUGCUGAAAGAAAUGUACCCAUCAGCUAUACCAAAUGACGGUGAGCCGAAGCGUUUCCAGGUGGUGAUCCACGGCAUCGAGCCGCUGCUGGAAACUCCUCUGCAGUGGCUCAGCGAGCACCUCAGCCACCCUGACAACUUCCUGCACAUCUGCGUCAUCCCCGUCCCCACUGACUGAGGUCGCACUCACCCAUCAAUCGGCGUCACCGCGCCAACCGACCGGCCGACCAGCUGACGCACCAGCCAGUCGGGUGUCCUUGAAAACGGCAGCGCGUAACGCCGGAAACUCUGAACUAACGAGACUCUUUGAUGAGAUGGAGAUCAGAAGGAAAAAAAGAAGGAUGUGAAGGAGGAAACCUCCUCGUCCAUCCUCAUUAUUUAUAUUUCUACGCCUACUAACCACUACUACUCCGCUUUACCACGCCGAAAACUGGAUUUCAAGACGUGCGGAUGAAAAGAUCUUCUCUUCCUCCUCCGCUCCGAAAAAAAGAGAUGGACCUCUAAUUUUCUACUCAACUUUCCUGCAUCUUCACUUCCUCCUUCUCGGUUCCUCUGUGAACAAACACUUCCAUGGGAGGAGAGGAGGUGGUCCCUGGUCCCUCGUCUAAGACUGUCCCAUCGACAGGAAGAUGAGUUCUCUUUGGGGAUUGGGGGAGUGACGAAUCCAGUCCGGCUGAAGCUGCCUUAGUUACUUACGGUUAUGGAUUUUUUUUUUUUUUAUCGUCAACAUAAUCAUUGUCCUUGUAAAAAUGUCUGGUUGUACACAAAGUCACUCUUGAGUUUACAUGAGAGCCUGAAAAAAAGUUUCAGCUGCUAGGUCUGUUGGUUCGGCUGACUGGAAAUAACAUGUUUGUUUUUUUUGUUUUUUAAGUGAUCUUGAAUAAAGAAAAGGAUCUGAGGGAAGUGACUGACACGUGUGGUUUUCUCUCCAGUGAUGCCAGCGACACAGGAGCAGGUUUCAACCAUUCACUGUAAAUAAAGAUGACCACGCGUCUGCACUUCCCCCUAUUCUACAAAGAUUAAGCCGCCAUCAUGAAAUAAUUUGGAGUUGUAGUCUGCACCUUAGUGAUCGUAGUUUGGAGCCGCGAUAUCGAGAUCCCACUGAUUCCCGCGCUCGACCAAAGUUGAGUCAUUCUCAGCUGUCAAUAAUGAUGUCUUCGCCUGUUUAAUAAAUAAUUAAAACCAAAAUGACCAGAAAACACGAAGGGGGGCGGGGCUUAUGACCUACACUGCAGCCAGACACCAGGGGGCGAUCAUGAGCAUUUGGCUACACGACUGGGAGCUGUCAUGUCGUCCGUCUUUAUUUACAGUGUAUGAUAUGAACUGAACAGCAUCACUGAUCACCAGCACAGUGUCAAACUUUGAGUUAUUUGAAAAAAGGUUCUUAAUAAGCAGAUGUAAUGUCCACGUGUCUGCUACUGUCGCUGAAUCAGCAUUUAAGUGUAACUUCUUUUCAUUCCAUUUUUCAUCUUCACUUGUACGAGAAACUUCGGUUUCACAAAACGUCUUAAUUCCAUAGUUUGAAUAAAGUGGAACUGUCCUUUA